AUGGGUAUAAUAUUGGGUAUGGUAAACGCCUUUAUCAGUGCAGGGGCAUUUUCUGGUCCGGCAAUAUCAGGUUUCAUGCUCGAAUACUUCGGAUAUUGGAAAACCUGGAUGAUAGUAUUCGGGAUACUUUCCCUUGAUAUCGUGCUGAGGUUGUUGUUGAUUGAACAUCGAAAAAUCAAAGAUAAGCGGAAACAAGCCAAAGCCAAGAAGGAUGAAGAAAGCAGAAACGCUACUUCGUUACCGGAGAGCGUAAACGAAUACACCUCACUUAUUUCCAACGUCUCAAAGAAACCCUACAAUCUCACUAAGGGAAUAAGUGAUGUGAAGAAGGGCUGUGCAUCCAUGUUCUCCUUCUACUGGACACUGCUCAGCCAGCCUAUGAUCCUUAUUGGACUCGUGUCCUAUAUGACCCGCUCAUCUCUGAUGGCCAGUUUCAACACUACACUCCCCACGCAUGUGCGAGAUCUUUUUGGGUGGGGUAGCUUCCCCGCUGGCAUGUUGUUCGUCGGGCUCCAGGCACCAGGCAUGGUCCUUGACCCUCUUUUCGGAUGGAUCCGAAGAAAGGGUGGAAACAAGAUACUCACAGGCCUGGGGUUUAUUCUCCUGGGUCCACUGCUCUGGCUUCUCGGGGUAGUGAAUCAAAAAUGGAUGCCAUGGUCCGGUUCCGAGGAUAUGGUUAAGCUCGUAUAUGUCAUUGUCAUUGUCUGCAUAGGAUGCAUCCAGAAUCUCCCAGCAAGCGUCGGGGCAGCGGAGAUAACCGGUAAUUAA